AUGAAGCAGUUAAAUGUGUUAGAGAAAUUUUAUCUGAUGGUAAAUAAUAAUCCACAAAUUGAUAGAGUUAUUAGUUCAGGGUUAGUACUAAUUUUACAUAGAUAUUUAGUUGAUGAAACAGAUACUUCAAUUCAAUACGAAGCAUCAUGGGCAUUAACAAAUGUUGCAUCAGGAUCUUCAAAACAUACAAAUUAUAUUGUAGGGAAUGAAAUUCAUAAUUCUGUAUUAAGUAAGGCAAUUGCAGAGUUGAGGCACCACAGAUAG